CUCUCUCACUCUCUCUCUCCCUCCCGAAUUCUCAGGCUUUCUCUUUAAUUCCUCCUUUGUUCGAUGAACUUUCUUGUACAAACUGUAUCCAUUUGAGAAAACCCAUUUCAAAUCUAUUCACUUUUUCUCAUUUCUAUGCACUUUUUUUUUAAACUGCGUCUCCCUUUCUUUCUUUGAUAUGAUGAAGCUCAUCAGCUCCAGUUAAAACUAUUCAUCUCACGGUUCCCAUUGAAGUUCUGUAAGAAGAAAACAAUGAGAGACUUUCCAUCUUGCUCCGGAGAAAACGGCGUUCAGACUGCAGAUUCUUCUCCAUCCUCCAACGCCGGCAAAACACCUCAGAAUCUCGUCGUUUCCAUCUACCGUUGCCGCAUCCGAGGAGGCAAGACUUGCUUGAUCACCGUUACAUGGACUAAAAGUCUGAUGGGUCAUUGUGUAACCAUCCAAGUCGAUGAUUCUUGCAACACAAGUCUCUGUAAAGUCGAGAUCAAGCCCUGGCUAUUCACCAGACGAAAAGGAUCCAAGAACCUCGAGGCGGCGUAUGUCUUCUGGGAUCUCUCCUCUGCUAGAUUCGGAUCCAGCCCUGAGCCCUUAGGAGGGUUCUACGUGUGCGUGGUUGUGGACAAAGAGAUGGCUCUUCUUCUCGGUGAUAUGAGGAAAGAAGCUUUCAAAAAGACUAAUUCAGCUUCGUCUCUCGGUGGGGCUGUGAUUGUUGCUAAGAGAGAGCAUGUCUUUGGUAAAAGAACGUUUGAAACGAAAGCUCAGUUCUCGAACGAUGGCAGAACACACGAUCUUGUGAUCGAGUGUGACACGAGUGUAGGAGUAUCUGAUCCUUGCCUCGUUGUUCGUGUUGAUGGGAAGACGUUGAUGAAGGUGAAGCGGGUUCACUGGAAGUUCCGUGGUAAUGAUACGAUGGUUGUCGACGAUAGGAUCUCUGUGGAAGUUCUCUGGGAUGUUCAUAGUUGGUUCUUUGGCCUGCCGUCAUCGUCACCAGGACAUGCAGUGUUUAUGUUUAGGACUUGUCAGCCUGUCGACAAGACCUGGUCGUUGGCGCAGGUCCCAACGAGCUCUAAAUCUCAGAGUGUUGGAUUCUCGUUGGUUCUGUACGCUUGGAAGAACGAGUAGAGAAGAAGAAGUUUUGAGAGUUCUCUUUGUGCUUUUCUUGAGUGCUAACAAAAGAUUUUAAAAAAAUGGAACUGUUGAUUCUUGUCAAUUUAUUUAAUCAUAUGAUCAGUUUCGUAAGAUCUUCAGAAGAACUUGAUCUUCGUUAUAUAAUCAGUUUCAUAUGUCAUAUCUUCUACAUGACACUUGUAAAGGCUCAAUGUUAACUGUCCAGAUACUCUGUUUUGUUUUACAGGCAACAAACAUAAUGUUACUUACU